AUGAAUUUUUACUCAGUAAUAGUUUUAUUUAUUUUACUAACUAUAAUAUUACUAUUUAAUAUUAGUAAUCCACCUGAUUUAUGGUUCAAUAUACCUCAUUUAAGUAUUGAUAAAAUUUCAUUAGCUGCAGACAAUUUAAAAGCAUCUAUCAGCGUUUCUGCUAAGAUUGCGAAUCUUGUUUCAUUUAAUACUGGUGUUGAUGUUACUAUCGGUAAAAUUAAAUUAACUAGCACAGGUAUUAAUGCACAAGUACAAUUAGCAAUACAUUUUGAUAAUAUUGUCCGAAUUAUAAGUCGAACAAUGGCUUCACUUGAUCUUAAUCCUUUUUUAGCAUCAACUUCUAAUACUGAUUUUGAAUAA